AUGGCCCCUUCUGCUGUUACCGACACUCCUGCUCCCAACGGAGCCAAACAGGUGGCCCAAAAAGAUCUUCCCAGUCCAAUUGACCCUUCCAUGAUCCCUCGUUUGGACCAAGACUUCAUUGAGUAUUACAAUGCAUACAUUGUCGUCAAGCCCGUUACCCACCAGGUUAGCAUGGACGACAUUCGCAAAUACCCGAAGCUAUAUGCCGCUUCCUGGGCCAAGGAUUUCACAUUCGAGCCGUUUGUAAAUGAUAUUGAGAUCCCGGGGCCGGAUGGGAAUAUUAUCAAAGCUCGAUGCUACACACCUGAUCCAAGGACUUCGCCAUACGGCGAUGGCCCUUACCCUAUUCACAUCAACGUCCAUGGUGGUGGUUUCAUCUUUGGCGACCUGACUGGAGAUGCCGAAUUAUGCAUGUUGGUGCGAGAUCGCGUUGGUAUUGUGCUUACACUUGUGGCAGAGCACGUCUGGUACAAGGGACAUGAAGAUGUUUGGGCAGCAUUCAAAUGGGUCCGAGAACAAGGCAAGACCAUCAAUGCAAAAGUCGAUUCCAUCUCUAUGGGGGGUAUUUCUGCUGGUGGGCAGAUCACCGCCGUGUGCCAGCAACUUGCUCGGGACGAGGGCUAUGAGCUGAAGCUCGCUCUUCUCGCAGUCCCCUCCGUCGAGGAAUUCAUAUCACUAAAGCAGCCUAGCGAUUCACCAUACGCAUCCUAUCAAGAGAACGCUCUUUCCCCAUGCCUAAGCUGGAAGAGAAUCGCCUAUUGCGGCUCUGUCAUCAACUCGUCUCUGCAUAAGGAUGGCGACGUAGUGCGCCCCGAGUUCUGGCAUAGUCCUAUUCGUGGAAAUUUAGCAGGUUUGUGCAGGACCUUCAUUGCUACGGCGGACUGCGAUCCUCUGAGGGACGAGGGAGAGAGUUAUGGUGCUAAGUUGGCUGCUUCUGGUGUUCAUGUUUCUAUGCGCCGAUAUAUGGGUGUACCCCAUCCUUUUAUGCAUAUGUUGCUCAUCAAGAAGGGACAAGAGUAUGUAAAGGAAAUAUGUGCACAGCUCAGUACUGCACACAGCCUUUAG